UCACUCAUUUUCGAGUAACUUUUAUUAAGCGUUUAUAUUUUGAAGAGCGACGUGUUUUGGUAAAUGUCGUCGUUUCUUCGUGUUUCUAUAUUUUCAAGACGUGUUUUAAAAUUUGUAAAAUUUAAAAGAUCCGCAGCCAGAAUACCCACAAGAAAGAAAAAGGUUGGCGCCAUUGUAUCAUUAUGAGUGCAAUAUUCAACUUUCAAAGUUUACUUUCGGUGAUUCUGUUGAUGAUAUGUACUUGCGCAUAUCUUCGGUCUAUCGUCCCCAGUCUGAUUGAUAGAAACAAAACAGGCAUGCUUGGUAUUUUUUGGAAAUUGGCCCGAAUUGGUGAGAGAAAAUCUCCUUGGGUUGGACUAGCUUGUGUGCUCAUGGCAAUAUCGAUUCUUUUCUAUACAUAAUCAGUAUCGCGUACAUAAUAUUGACCUAGUCUGUGAACCCUUUCACGAUUUAUAUUAACUCUGUAAACCUAAGUUGCAAAUAACAGAUUCUCUUUGUUUACGAAAUACUCCUGUAUUGCACAAGGAUAUCGUUAGUGCAGAUUACAGACUCUCAUAGUAACAGACCGGCGAAUACUUCUUUAGGAGCCAAAAGAACAUGGGAGUUCGACGGUUCGUUUGGUUCCCUAAGAGGUAUUCGUCAGUCUGUUACUAUGAGAGUCUGUAGCAGAGUAUAAAUGACAUCUCUGGAUUGAAAGUUCAAUGACAUUGAACUCAAACGCUGGAAUCCCACGUCAACCUAUGAAGUCAACAAUUUAAAAGUAAAAGGAAUUGAAAUUAUGUUUUGGCAGACCCUAUCAGCUUUGGAGAGAAAUCAGUGUUCAGUUCAGAUACGCCAUCGUACGGCACAGAGAUACUAGAUAUUUUCAAUGAAAAUCUGUAUUGCUUUGUAUAAAAAAAAUGUAUUUAUCUGUAUUCACUAAUAAAAUGCAUUUUCUGCAACAAAA